AGCAUUUCUGUGGCUCUAAAAUGUCUUUAAUAAAGAAACCAGGGGGGAAAACGAUAGAAAUAGUAAAGAAUUUGCCUCGCAUUACACUGGCAAACCUUCGACCAAACCCGGGUGCAAAAACAUUAGAAAAGCGCAGAGGCCGUGGAAUGCAUGGAGGCAACAGAAGUGGAUGGGGACAUAAAGGUGAAAGACAGCGUUGUAAUCGACCGCGACUGGGCUUUGAGGGUGGACAGACUCCAUUCUAUCUUGUCAUCCCAAAAUAUGGCUACAAUGACAAUCACAGUCGACAGCCACAGUAUCCCCCAUUAUCCCUGCGCAGACUUCAGUACUUAAUAGAUUUGGGUCACAUUGACCCCAGUCAACCCAUCGAUUUAACUCAGCUUGUCAAUGGACGAGGAGUUGAGAUCCAGCCUCAAAAACGAGACUAUGGCGUUCAGCUUGUUGAUGAGGGUGCUGAUAUAUUUUGUGCAAAAGUAAACCUGGAGGUCCAGGCUGCCUCGGAGAAAGCCAUCGCUGCAGUUGAGCGAAAUGGGGGUGUUAUCACAACCAGCUACUACGAUCCACGGAGCCUCCAAAUCCUCAUCAAACCAGUGCCGUUCUUCAUGUCAGGCGAACCCAUACCCAAGCGCCUGUUUCCUGGUGAAGAUCUUCUUCCAUAUUACACAGAUGCCAAUAAUCGUGGCUACCUCGCAGACCCAGAUAAGAUUCAAACUGCACGGAUGGAUCUGGCUAAAAAGUAUGGUUACAGCAUACCUGACAUCUCAAAGGAUACACUAUUUGAAAUGCUGGUACAAAGAAAGAAUCCUCGUCACAUCUUUUUUGGGUUAUCACCUGGAUGGGUGGUUAAUAUGGCUGACAAGAAAAUACUCAAACCCACUGAUGACAAAGUUUUGCAAUAUUAUGGUUCAUAAAUCUUCAAAGAGAUUUACAAUGUGGAUAUCUAGUGUAACAUGACUGUGUAUAUAAAGUAAAGGUUGAAUUUAUUAAAGCCAAUGCCUGAAAAACA